CAUCGGUGUGAGACCAAAGGGUCAAAGGUGAAAAUGGUCGGGACCAGGAAGAAAGUUGGCGGAAUAUUCCUAGUCCUGCCUUUGUUGUUGUUUGUUUGCGUCGGUGAAGAGGACGUCAGGAGGAGACACGUCGUACACGAGCGGGACGACGUCAACGUCAGACAUGCGCAGAACACCCGGGACGUGUGUGACGAUGGCAAGACAGACAUAGCAGUGGAUUUAGAAGGCAUAAAAUAUGAGUGUGAAGAUGAACAACCUUUUCCUGUAUAUGGAGACAUGAGUCCAAGUAGAAGCAACUGUUCUGAACCAAAAGAGCCAAUGCACAAAUGUAUGAGGGACAGAAUCACAUACACACAGAGGAUCCCACACAGUGGGAUGCACAGGCCAAAGUGGGCCAGGUACGGCACCUACAAAUACCUGCCUCCACAACGAUGGCUGCACAACAUAGAGCAUGGUGCAGUGGUUGCCCUGUAUGACCCCUGUGCUCCUGGGACGCAGGUGGCUGUGCUGAAGCAGACUGUCCGGAGGUGCCUGAGGAAACACAUCAUCACCCCGUACACACAGCUCACACACACAUAUCCAUUUGCCCUGUCUGCCUGGGGAUGCACGCUGGAGAUGGCCCACAUCAAUGUGACAGAGGUGCAGGGCUGGAUUAUGGAGCAUGCUCUCCAGUCUGGUGAGGAGAGCAGGGAGACCAGAGAUGGACAGUACUCCCACUGGCUGCUCCAGCCUGCCGACAUUGUGUCUGACCAACAAGAGUCGGACAUUUGUCCAGACAUUGAAACAACUAGCACCACUGCAGUUACACAGCAGCAGCACACCAACUCCACACAGUACACAGAGGUACGAGACACAGAUGUACAAGUCCACAUGGGGUCUGGCAGUUCAGAACCACAUACAGCCCUGUCGGUUGGACCCACAGAAGGUAGCUCAGAAAUAUUACCUGGUGACAGGAGGCUAGUAACAGAUUCCCAGUUUGUAAAAAAUAUGGUCAUGUCCAAACGAGGGAAACCUUUGACUUUAUCAACAACAGUUAGGAAACAGUUCUCCCUGCAUGUACCACAGAUGGCAUCCAGCAGAGUGACUACACAGGUUACAGACACAUCAUCAGCAUCAGGCUCAGGCAAUGGUCAACACUCUGGUACUGUACAGAAAACUUCCAGUCCAGUCCAGACUCAACAAACAUCAACAUUGUCUAGGACACAAAAACUGCCAGCAGAUAAGGUAUAUGUAACACAAAGAACUCCACAUAGUCACCAGGUCAAUCAAAGUGUGACCACAAAUGCAUUGGAGGGUUUCCAUCAGGACCAGGCAUACUGGGCACUAGGUAGCCUAGUGUUCCUGCUUGGACUACUAGCUGGUGCUGUGUAUCAUACAAAACUCUGGAGGAAGAAAGUGCAAGGUGAAAUGUUCAAACAAGUGGAGACUGUUAAGGAUUGGGAGCAGGCCCCUAAGGAAAAGCUAAGUAUACCAGGCCUUAUAAGAAAAAAGUUUGAUCUGCUGAGACAGAAGACAACCAGAUAUCACCUUCUGAACCAACAAGAGGUGCUGUAUAACGCCAUGUUUUCUGAUGGAGAUAGUGAUGGUGACAGGCAAUAGGAGUAUAAGUAGGUAGUUCUGUAACAUAUCAAAUUAUAAAAUUAUACAGAAGGCCACACUAUCUCUAAGAUGGGUUCUUGCAAUCAGUUGUCAACAUUUUGCAAUAUGCAUUUAUUAACGUUGGGUUGAUUCUAGUUCAGGCAGCUAGUAGAGUAACUGUUAGGAUAUUUGCUCUGGCCUGGCAAAUUUGGCUGGCUUUUUUUACUUGAAAUGGGAAGGUGCAAUUGAUUGUAUAUGAUUGUUGUGUGACUGUGUAACGAUUAGAAAACCUUUUAUUCUUGAACGUUGUAAUCCCACAUUAUGUUUUAGCUAUAUUUUUACUGAAACAAGAAAGCUUCUGAAAAAAGCUGGCCGGUGCGUAUUUUGGAAAAAGCCUGGAUGUUUAACAAAAUCACACUAAAAAGUGUUUUUAAACAUCGAAUUACUGAACUGGUCUGUCUUCUAUUAAAAAAAUAGUAAAAGAGAUUUGUCUAACAAAGAAAAAAAAUUGUAGCAAGUGGGGUUCGAACCCACGAUCCACGGCUGCAGAAGCAAAAUGCUCAAAUAAGUAAAGUGCCCCAGACCGCUUGGCCACGCUGACUCAAUUACGCAAUCAGGUGUUUAGAAGAGCUAUUGGAAGGGUUUGGUUAAAUCCAUGCAUCCAAACGAACGGUUGAGUGAACCGCUUCUGUUGAUUCAAAGCCGGUGCUAUGCACUGGCAAAAAAUCAUGAAGUUAACUUACAGAAGUUCUGAUGAACAGAUUAAGGCCAUAAAGAGUGGUAACUUAUGUGUCCUUAAAGCGGUAGAAACUUAACUGUGUAAAAUGUUACUACCCAGCGUAUCCCAUAGCUCAUAUAGUGCCAUAUUUAUUUGAUUACAAGAAAAGAAGUAAUUCGUGCAAUUCAGAUGGUAUAAAAUUCAUAGUUGAGAUGUGCUUCCCUUGUAACUUAAAAGUUAGAGUCAUUUUGCACAUUUUACUUGGUGGUAUUAUGGUUAGUGGUGGUAUUAUGGUAUUGGGUGCCAUUAAUUCAAUCUACUUAGAAAAACAAGUUCAGCAGAAUAACAUUUAUGAAUUUCAUUGGAUGAAGCACUUUUUUUUCCUUACAAUCUCAAAUUGGUUGGGUGAUAUUAGAGUGAAUAUAUUGGCAGCUAUGUACUCGUUUUUGUUAGGUGUUGUCAAAGAAAUGCUAUCAGGCCUAGGAAAAAGAUUAUUGUGUUUCUUGUUGCAGUCCUGAAAAAGAUAGCGCCAGUAGGUAGGGAUGCUCUUUUUUUCCUUUUUGUUCUUCAGCCAUAGUGAUCUUAGAAUUACAUUUAAGCAAUAUAAUGUUACACUCAAGCACAGGUAUAUUAAGAAGUAAAAUGUUUUAUACUACUGGUAUUGGUACAAAUUUCUAUGUCAACAGUUCAAAAUGUGUGAAAUACAGGAGUCCUGGAGUCUAUUUUGAAUUUCAUCACUUGGAUUUUAUGUUCCUUGCCAGAGGUCAACUUACAUGUAAGAAACUCUAGGGUCGGCAGGUUUUUGCUAUGGCCUGUUGGGACUUAUAUAACUGGAAACACUGACAAAGUUUUUUCCAGGGCCUAACCUUCCAUAUGGUGGCAGUCUCAGUUUGGCAAUAAAAAUCAGUGUAAUA